AUGCAGGGAGCAGGUCUCGAUCAGCUAGCCUGCCUGCGAGAGUCGGCCACCCUUUCUGAGCUCACCCUGGAUGGGAAUCCUGCAGCCCUGGAGACAUGGUACAAGCAGGCCGUCCUGCGCUGUGUGCUUCAUCUGAGACAGCUGGACAUGAAGCGCAUCACAGACGAGGAUCGGCGCAUGGCAGGUGUACAGCCUCGAAAAGAGGAGGAGAAGAAGAGGGAGAGUCACAAGCAGACCAUUCAUAAGGAGAAGCGGCGCCUUGCUAUCCGUAAUGCCGCGCAGCAGUGGGAGGGUGUCAGGGCCUGCCUGGAGCUGCCGCCGACGAAUGGCUCGAGAGAAGAAGUGAGUCCGGAGAACAGUCCCGCUCACAGCCCCGCCCAGACCAACGGCCUGGCGCAGGAGCCUUCCCCAGAUGAACCCAGGCGGGUAAGCCCCGGCUCAGGACCAGAGAAACCGUCCUCGGGAACAGAGAGGCUCCGCAACAACAGCCGUCCGAACAGCCCUCGAGAUCCCAAGCUCGUGGAGACGGGGAGUGGCAGCGUGCAGAGCUUGUCCUUGUCCGACAGUCACCUGGCGGAGCUGGAUGGAGACACCCUGCGUCUCUUCGGGCUGGGAGCCCUGGAGGCCCUGGAGAGGGGCUGGGGCGUUCAGACCGCCGGCGCCGUCACUGUAAUCACCUUCCGCUACAUCAACUUUGACGCCAUCGUACCAACACUGCCGCGAAUCAGGGUCAAGUUCCCAAAUCUAUCGCACAUGAUCUUCUUGGAAACCAACAUCAGCCGCCUGCCACAGCUCGCAGCCUUGGCUCAGGUGAGGCGUCUGGACCAGCUCACCAUCCACCCCGAGGGCAACCCAGUGGUCAGCCUGGCGCUGUGGCGCUCCUUCGUCAUCUACCGGCUGAACCACUUCAACCUGCAGAGGAUCAACGGCCAGGAGGUGACCAUGAACGAUGUGAUCGCAGCAGAGCGGGUCUUUGGGACUCUGGGUCACAUAGCAGCCACUGAAACUCCUCGUUGCCGGCUCCUGCUGCUGCUGGAGGAGUCCAGGAAGCGGCAGCUGCAGUUCCUGUUGGAGGGACGCGGCCGGCGGGCGGGGCUGAGUCCAGAGGAGCUGCGGGACAACGGGAAGCUCUUCGGGGAAGGUCUAAGCAGAGCGUUGUUCAACUACCCAAGCAGAGAUUGUAGUACAGACAGCCCCGAGGAGGGCACUGUGGAGUCGUCGGAGCGUGCGGCCAUGAUCGAGCAGUACCUGCAGGAGCUGGUCCAGAGGGCGUCGGACACCAACCUGAAGGGCGAGGCGCUUCACAAGCUGUGGCCCUCCAUGUUCGCGGAGAUGGUGAAGGACUGUGUGCUGGAGAUGAGGGACCGAGCGGCCUUCCGCCAAGCCAGCCUGGCGAAGCUCUCUGAGACCAAGUGAAAAAAGGACCAAAGGAUCCCACUAUUAGGCUAGUCACACACACAUAAACACACACACACACACUCACAUGUGGACAUAUUCAUCUUGCUUCAUCUCACACUCCUUCCAUGACACAUAAUCACUUAGUGAUUUAAUUCUAGAGUUUUUAAAGGCUUGGGAAAGUGAAGCGUGUGUUCUCCAGCCUGUUGGAACAUGUGUCUUCACACCGACGUGCGCUAUUUAAGCAUGUCUAAAGGAACUGUCAUGACAAAGGCAUCUCGACUGAAUGUAGAUUUUUGCUGAAAAAUUCACAGGUUGAUCCGUCAGAGCUUUGGACCUGAUUCAUACUUGAAGAAAGUAAAAAGAGACUCACCAACUUACAGUGCAUUGUGGGUCCUUACGGAGCAUCCUGUGCACUUUAAAAGCCUUCUGAACGACCUCUGUGCAUCAAUACCGUCUCCUGCUGAAAAUGACCAGUGUCUCUUUAUUUGAGACCAGAAUGAUUUUUCUGUCUCAUGCAUCGCUCUCUCACUUCCUCUGGCCUGACAUGAAAGCAAGGGCACACACACAAGGAUGAUGUUUUCUUUGUUUACCACUGAUUUUCUGUAUUAGUAUUAAAAAUAUUCUGCAUUCA